UGGGAGGCGCCAUCCGCCAGCAGGUUCGGUUGAGAGACGAGUAACUGGGCAGUCUGUGAGUGAGCAGGAGUAGCAGGAACAGCUGUGGGUGAGCAUGAGGAUCUUUUACAUCAAGCACUAUGGAUAAAUACAUAAAGGUGAACAAAAUUGGAGAAGGAUCGUUUGGAAAAGCUAUUCUCGUCAACUCGAAAGAAGAUGGCAGACAGUAUGUUAUCAAAGAAAUCAACAUCUCCAGGAUGUCAAAUAAGGAGAGGGAAGAGUCAAGGAGAGAAGUUGCUGUAUUGGCAAAUAUGAAACAUCCAAACAUUGUACAGUAUAAGGAAUCAUUUGAAGAAAAUGGCUGCCUUUAUAUAGUCAUGGAUUACUGUGAAGGUGGUGAUCUUUUCAAACGGAUUAACGCACAGAAAGGAGUUUUAUUCCCCGAGGAUCAGAUCCUGGAUUGGUUUGUGCAAAUUUGCUUAGCUCUGAAGCAUGUUCAUGAUCGAAAGAUUCUUCACAGGGACAUAAAGUCACAGAAUAUCUUUCUCACCAAAGAUGGAACAGUUCAGUUGGGAGAUUUUGGAAUAGCUAGAGUGCUUAACAGUACUGUAGAGCUGGCCCGGACUUGCAUUGGCACACCAUACUACCUGUCCCCAGAAAUAUGCGAAAAUAAGCCAUACAACAACAAAAGUGAUAUUUGGGCUUUGGGCUGUGUCUUGUAUGAGAUGUGCACCCUGAAACAUGCAUUUGAAGCCGGUAACAUGAAAAACUUAGUGCUGAAGAUUAUCCGUGGAUCCUACCCACCCGUAUCUGUCCAUUACACUUACGAUCUGCGUAACUUAAUGUCACAGUUGUUUAAAAGAAAUCCAAGGGAUAGACCUUCAGUAAGCUCUCUAUUGAAGAAGCCAUUUCUAGCUAAAAGAAUUGACAAGUUGCUUUCAGCGGACCACAUUAUUGAAGAAUUUGGUCAUACAGUUGUACAUCAAGUUUCAAAACCAGUUAUCCCCAGUGCAGCAGUAAAAAGACCAGGUCCAGUCUCUGGAUCUGCAGGACCUGCACAGAAAAUCACCAAACCAGCAGCCAAAUACAGAGUGCCAUUGACUGUAAAAUCUGCAGAGGCAGCUAAAAAGAUUUCUGAUAAGAAACCACUGAAAUACAAACAGGCUUCACCCACUCCAAUGAAGAAAAUGAAUCCGGUGGCAGAAAGGAGGAAAAUGUUUGAGGAAGCAUCCAAAAAGAGAAAGCAGGAACUCAUUGAACGAGAAAGAAAGCAAAGGGAACAGAUAAAUCUGCUGAAAGCUGAGCAGAUGAGACGAAUGGAAAAAGAACGGGUUGAAAGAAUCAAUCGAGCCAGAGAACAAGGAUGGAGGCACGUUCUGGGUGUGGGUGGUUCUUUGGGAAGUGGCGAACAUAAGGCUCCAUUCUCGGGUGGAGGAGGGGGUGGUGGAGGUGCUGGAGCUAUUUUACCUGCACCAGCACUUAACAGUGUGCAACGCUAUGAACAUUACCAUGCUAUUCUUGACCAAAUCCAACAGCAGCAGAAAGAAAACACUAAAGGCUUUGAGGAGAAAGACAUGAGGUGGAAGAUGGAGACACGACCUAAAGAACCUGUUUUCAGGGGAUUGCCAGCAGCUGCUGGUCCUGUGUUUCAUAAUGGACCAGGAGGUCUUCACCAACUGCCUGAUGCUGAAGCUGUCAGAAGAGAAGUGAAGAGACUUGAAAAUGUAGCCAAGCAAGCAAAUUCUUACAGGCAGCGAGGCUAUGCAGCUGCAGAAAGGGCAAAGCAAGUAGAAGAAUUUUGGCAACGAAAGCGGGAAGCAUUACAGAAUAAAGCACGUGGUGAAGGACACUUGGGGAUUCUGCAAAACCUGGCAGCUAUCUAUGGAGGCAGGUCCAUUUCAACAGGAAGAGGAAAAUCCAGAAGCAAGGAGGAAGAGGAGUACUUGGCAAGACUCCGACAAAUACGACUUCAGAACUUCAAUGAACGACAAGAAAUUAAAGCGAAACUCAGAGGAGAGAAGUGUGACAGUGAUGGUUCAGAUGGACAAGAAUCCAGUGAUGAGGCUGAGCUAAAGCGCAAAAAAAUGGAGGCUCUUAAAGCUCAAGCAAAUACACGUGCUGCAGUUCUUAAAGAGCAACUUGAGAAAAAGAGAAGAGAGGCUUACGAAAGAGAAAAGAAGGCCUGGGAAGAGCAUCUUGCAGCAAAAGGUUUUAAGCAGGUAUUUGCAGCUACUCCUAUGACAUCGGCUGCAUCUUCAUCCUCUUCCCCAGGAAGACAAGCAUCAGCCCCAUCUUCCAAACCCCAGUCACCAGCCAAGUCCAGUACACCUACAAUUUCCAUGACUGCUGCACUGAAAGAUGUAGGCAUUGAAGGAGAAACACAAACGGUGAAGGAAAUGUCUGAAGACAUGAAAAAGACUGGUGUUUCCAUUAUUCAGAAGGAGAAGCAAGAAAUUUUGCGCAGGUUAAAUCAACAUUUUAAAUCUCAGGAAAACCAUGAUUCGGAUAUAGGGACACACGAGGCAAGUGCUGAGAUGUCUAAAACUGAUUGGCUGCAACCUGAAGAGCAACUCGAGAGUGGUCCUCACCUUGCAGGGGAAAGAAAGAAGUGGGAAGCAGAGCCUCCACCUGUAUUUCCUCUCGCACAGCUCACACUUGAAGAAACCUGCUCAGGGACGAAGGCUCAGACCUCAGGAGAAGUUAUCAAACUGUUCCUUAAAGAUGAACCUCGUAAAGUUUGGGAGAAAGAACCUUCUGACACUGUUUUGAAAGCUUUAGGGGAAGCAGAACUGCAACUUCAGACAGGCGUGUUAUUGGAUGAGACCUCCGUUAAAAGAGAAGACCUACAGGCUGAAACAACUGAGGAGACACUCACACUGGUCAUUGAUGCUGCCAAUGAUACCAUUUGUCAAAGAGCACUCAGUGAAACUGUUGAAACUUCAGUAAUUGCUGCUGGCCAGACAGCCACAUCAGAAAUUAAAACAGCAGACCAGCUGGAGAUGGAGAAUGCUCAACCAAGUGAAAAAUCUAUUUCUACGUCAAAACCAGUAGUGUUUGAUGAGAAGAUAGAAGGUAAAGAGGCCAAAGCUAUACACAAUGCUGAGAUCACAAAUGCUGUGUACAGCUGCAGUAAGACUUCCUUGCUAUCACUAGAUGGUGCUGUUACUCAGGCAGAAAAGCCAGAGGAGGAUGUGCUCAAAACAGACAAAUACAGUGAAAUGCCAGGCAGCAAAGUGAAUGCUGAAUGUUGCAGGAGCGAAAUCCCAGAAAGCGAACCGCUUUUUCAAAAGAUGCCAUGUCCACAGGACAGAACUGCAGCUGUGUUGUCAAGGGAAUCCUCACAGGAAGAGUCACCAGGCCCCAGGCCAUUGUUCUGGUCAUUAUCACCAGCAAAUUUCAAAGACAAACAAUCUCUCUUAAUUGGGCUGUCAACUGGAUUGUUUGAUGCAAACAACCCAAAGAUGCUAAGGACCUGUUCUCUCCCUGACCUCAACAAAAUGUUAAAGACGUAUGUUGAUGAUCUUAAUGCAUCUGAUGCUCCUGAGGAUAAUCUUGAACUAGAUGAAGUAGAAGAUGAGCCCAACAAGGAUGAGUACCACUCUGACUCAGAUACUAUGUUUGGAGAAGGUGAUGCAGAUGACCUACAGGAGCUUCGGGAAUCGAUGGAGCGUUUGUUGCAGGAGCAGCCCAGUGAAGAGUUCAGUGAAGAAGAGGAGGAGGAGGUAGCUUCCAAUUCAAGCCCUCCUGAAGAAAGUGUUUAUAAUGCAGAAUCGUCAGUGAAUGGAGCAGAGGGGGAAGAUGAUGAAAAUCCAGCAAGCAGCAGUGACCAAAGUGCAAUUCAUGAAGAGUGGCAUUCAGAGACAUGGCUGCAAGGUGAAGAUGGACAAGAAAUGAAGCUGGGAUGGUAUAGCAUGUUUCAAAAAGAUAGAGCAGAUGACAGUGAGGAAGAUGUUGCAGGUGAAAGUGCUGAGUUUGACAGCGUCUUCAGCAGAUUGGAAGAGCUGCGAAUGACACUCGAGCAAGAAAUGGGCUUUGAAAAUUUCAUUGAAGCUUAUAACAAAAUCAAGGCAAUACAUGAAGAUGAAGAUGAGAACAUUGAUAUUGGCACUACAAUAGUGCCGGUCAUCCUGGGUCCUCAGUUUGAGCACCUGUAUUCCAAAAUUCUCCAUCUUGUCAUGGCAGAUGGAGCAUAUCAAGAAGACAAUGACGAAUAAAAUCAGCCAUUCAAGACAUGCCUGUGACAGAAAUUUUCUGUUUUGUAUGUGAGCAUUGGCCAACUUUUGAGGAUGCUAGAACUCUUUGAUUCUAGUUGUAUGGAUACAAGUUUAGAUUUUUGGAAGUCUACAGUACUGCAUAUGAAUGCGUGCAUGGAACAUGGUUUGAUUUUUAUCCCUUCUUCCCCAGGAUUAUAAUGUAUGUUAUUUUCUUGGAAGGUUUCUGAAGUGUGUUGCCUUUUUGUGUUUAUGGAUCUAGCUGCUGAAGAAAGGUCUGCAUAUUUAAUAGAAUUCUCUGACCAAAGUGCUCCCUUCGAAGCCCCACGGUUGUGUUACAGUAUUGAAAUGGAAUGGAUUAUGAAAUCUUGUGUAAUUCAAAGUCUGUACGUUUUCCAUUUCCAUUGCAAAUGAGGGGUGACCUAUUGUGGAGGAAUCCUUUCCCAAGUUUCAUGCUGCAGAACACUAACCUGAAAGUAGACUUUUUAUGUUGUAAAAUAGGUACAAUUUAUUGUACAGUACUUCAAAGUACAAAGUUCAUACAAAUGUAUUAUAUCUUUCUAAUGAUCAGGAAUAAAUACUCUUUUAUACAUUAAA